AUGUGGAAAGUGGUGCUCCUGGCUCUGUAUACAGUAUUGGCUGUGAGAGGAUUGGCAAAGGGUGCUCCUUUCCAGCCAGAAGAAAAAUGGAAACCUCUAGAUAACCCUAGAAACAGAGACCUGUUUUUCAGAACGCUCCAGGCUUAUUUUUCGGGCAGGGGUCUUGAUCUCAGAAAGUUCCCAGCUACUUUCACUAUGAACAAUGAAGGACCAAGGGCCAUCACGUUCUACUCAGAUCCUAUUGCUUCUGCAUUUGCAGAUUAUGAAGAAAGGAGAAAUUCUUUUCCAAGUUAUUUCAAAGGCUGA